AAACCGACCUUAGUUUUGAUCUUGGGGCUGCACAUCUUUUUGGCAAUAAUCAUCAACAACAGCAUGGCUGCUACUGAGAUGAUGCCCGAGAUUGCAAUCGUCGGAGAGUCAUCGAACAGUGGUUCCCUAAUCAGAACAGCAAACAGGGAAGAUCUUCUUGGCGAGGCUCUUUCGAGACCAAGUUCCGAGGAAACUGUUCGCGUUCCGUGCUUCGAGAUCCACACGGCGCAUCUGAAGCAGAGUUCGGUUCUUGCUACUGAUGUUAAUUUUCAGGAACUCGCUGCUCGUGCGCAGAAUCAUACUUGGGCAGAAAUCGGAAUGGUUGUGAACAGUGCCAUAUCAUUUGCUAUGCUUAGAUCAUGCCAAAAUUAUGAAAAGAGUAUUGAAGUCACCAUGGAUGAUUUCAUGAACGCCAUCAAAAGCAUCGUUCCUGUGUUGGAAAGACACAGGCUUAAUGGCAUGGUAAGUUGUGGUGAUCGACAUAAGCUUAUUUAUGAGAACGCAAUGCUACUGGUUGAGCUGGUUAAAGUGAGCACAGGCAGUUCGCUUGUCACUUGCCUUCUGGAGGGUCCGAGUGGCAGUGGUAAAACUGCUCUGGCAGCUACAGUCGGCAUCGACAGUGGAUUUCCAUUUGUUAAAUUUGUCUCGGCAGAAACUAUGAUCGGACUGGACGAGCAGACCAAAUGUGCACAAAUUGUGAAGGUUUUUGAGGAUGCGUACAAAUCUUCAUUGAGCAUUGUCAUACUUGAUGACCUUGAAAGGCUACUGGAGUACGCUGCCAUUGGGCCUCGGUUUUCAGAGUUGAUAUCUCAGACAUUGUUAGACCUUUUAAAGCAACAUACUCCAGAGGGAAUGAAGCUUCUCGUGAUAGGGACAACAAGUAAAGUGAGUUUUAUGCGUUCAGUUGGUGUCUGCUCCUCCUUUUCUUUCACUUACCAUGUUCCCGUGCUGAAGACAGAUGAAGUGAAGGAGGUGUUGGAACAGCUAAACGUUUUCUCUGAAGAUGACGUUCAUGCAGCUGCCGAGGCUCUAAAUGAUAUGCCCAUCAAGAAGCUUUACAUGCUGCUAGAGAUGGCAGCCCAGGGUGAGCCUGGUGGAGCUGCAGAGGCUAUCCCUGCUGGUGGAGAGAAGAUCAAGAUUGCUCAUUUCUAUGACUGCCUUCAGGACAUUGUUCAUUAAGAUGCGGCUAAUCUGUAGUUCCAAUGAAGUGAGAAUUGUAUGACUAUAUACUGCAUGUAAAUUUGAACGCCUUCAAAAUUGCUGGAUUGGAGAUCUUGUGGUACGCCAACCACAAACUAAGCAUUAUCUUACUAGGUGGAGUCGGUAAUUAUUGUUUUUCCUGGUUGAUACUUUUAUUGGGUUUCCAAUGUUACUUCCUCUGUUCAUCA